GGUGUGGGGGAAAUGCUGGGAAAGUUGAGGAAAUUGCUCUUCUGGCGCUACACCGGAAGAGCUUCGGAUGAGGCCUCUCCGCGGCCCAGGGGGUGCCUCUGCCAGGCCCUCCUUCCCUUGCCUUGUGGGGGGGCCGGAGAAGCGAGAGGAGCCCGGCUGUGCCUUACCACCAACCCCGGCCUGCCGCAGCGUUCUCCUCCCUCCCCUCUUCUAGAGGCGCACCGCCCCCCACAAGCACACACCGCCUCAUUGAAAGUGGAGGGAUGUCUUCUGCUACCUCUGCGGACAUGAUUGAAACUCCUCCCGUGCUAAACUUCGAAGAAAUUGACUACAAAGAGAUUGACGUGGAAGAGGUUGUUGGAAGAGGAGCUUUUGGAGUGGUUUGCAAAGCAAAAUGGCGAGGAAAAGAUGUGGCUAUUAAACAAAUAGAAAGUGAAUCUGAACGAAAAGCAUUCAUUGUAGAGCUUCGACAGUUGUCACGUGUCAACCAUCCCAAUAUUGUCAAGUUAUAUGGAGCGUGUUUGAAUCCAGUUUGUCUCGUUAUGGAAUAUGCUGAGGGAGGCUCUCUUUAUAAUGUCCUACAUGGUGCUGAGCCUCUGCCCUACUACACUGCUGCACAUGCAAUGAGUUGGUGUUUACAGUGUUCCCAGGGAGUGGCAUACCUUCACAGCAUGAAACCGAAGGCUCUCAUUCACAGGGACCUAAAACCACCAAACUUGCUCUUGGUGGCAGGGGGGACAGUUUUAAAAAUCUGUGAUUUUGGUACAGCUUGUGAUAUUCAGACACAUAUGACCAACAAUAAGGGAAGUGCUGCUUGGAUGGCACCAGAAGUUUUUGAAGGUAGCAAUUACAGUGAAAAAUGUGAUGUAUUCAGUUGGGGUAUUAUUCUUUGGGAAGUGAUUACCCGUAGGAAACCUUUUGAUGAGAUUGGUGGUCCUGCUUUCCGAAUCAUGUGGGCAGUUCACAAUGGUACUCGGCCACCACUGAUUAAAAAUUUACCUAAGCCUAUUGAGAGCUUAAUGACUCGCUGUUGGUCUAAAGAUCCCUCACAACGACCUUCUAUGGAGGAAAUUCUCAAAAUCAUGAUACAUUUGAUGCAGUACUUUCCAGGAGCUGAUGAACCUUUGCAGUAUCCUUGUCAAUACUCUGAUGAAGGCCAAAGCAACUCUGCCACUAGUACGGGUUCAAUUAUGGAUAUGACCUCCACAAAUACCAGUAACAAGAGUGAUGUUAACAUGGACCCAAAUGACUUCCAAGGAACUGCUACCAAUGACACUAUUAAACGCUUAGAAUCAAAACUGGCCCAGCAAAUGAAAAAUUCAGCAAAGCAGUCGGGAGAACCUGGCCGUCUGAGUUUACCUCCGUCUCGCGGUAGCAGUGUAGAGAGCUUAUCAGAUGUUCGUGGGCGACCACAGUCAACCCUUGUUUCAGGAGAAGGCAAGCGAAUGAGUGCUGAUAUGUCUGAAAUAGAAGCAAGAAUUGCUGCUACUACAGCCUUUUCCAAACCUAAACGAGGCCAUCGUAAAACUGCUUCAUUUGGCAACAUUUUGGAUGUUCCAGAGACCAUCAUAUCAGCAGGCAACGGACAACAGAGGCGCAGAUCCAUUCAAGACCUUAGCAUUGCUGGGACAGACUCCAACCAGGAAAGCAGAAGCAGCAGUAGAUCAUCCAGUCCUGGCGUGAGAAUGAUCACUACCUCGGGACCAACCUCUGAAAAGCCAGCUCGUAGUCUUCCAUGGACACCUGAUGACUCUACAGAUACCAAUGGGUCUGAUAACUCCAUCCCAAUGGCAUAUCUUACAUUAGAUCAUCAAUUGCAGCCUCUAGCACCAUGUCCAAACUCAAAAGAAUCUAUGGCUGUGUUUGAACAGCACUGUAAAAUGGCACAAGAAUAUAUGAAAGUUCAGACAGAAAUUGCAUUGCUCUUGCAAAGAAAGCAAGAACUAAUAGCAGAACUGGACCAGGAUGAAAAAGACCAGCAGAAUACAUCGCGUCUGGUACAAGAGCAUAAAAAGCUUUUAGAUGAAAAUAAAAGCCUUUCCACGUACUACCAGCAAUGCAAAAAACAGUUGGAGGUCAUUCGAAACCAGCAGCAAAAACGUCAAGGGACAUCAUGAUCCACUGGGACUUCAAAUUGACAAUGAUGCACAGAAAAACUCCUUUUUGUUUUUUAAAUAUCUCCUCAUAGGACAAUUCCUGAGUGUUUUCUUAUUGGUGUGUGCUGAAUGUGUAGAUAUACCUGCUGCUCUUCCAGCAUCAGUUCAGUAUCCUUUUAAUUUGGGUGAACUUUGAGUUGUUUGAGAAACGUAAGAGCAGCGACAUGAAUAAUCAGCAGCACUAAACCUCAAGCAGAAUGCAAUGAACUCUGGCUGUUUGCAUGCCCUUUGUGUGAUGGCUAUCCUACCAAAAGUGAAUAAGUGGCUGCUACAUUGUUAAGAUCUUUUGGUGUUAAUGCAGUUCCAUUUUUAGAAUGUUUUCAUUCUUCGCUCAUCUCGGACCGCUGGCAAGAAUCAGACCUCUCCCAGGACUCCGCCUUGCACCAGGCUCAAGAGUUGAUGCUGACUAACCAGUGCAUACUCCCAUUUUGAAUAGUUCCACAUUAAAAUAAACAGACAAUGGAAGUCUAAGCUGAUGCCACCAUCACUAGUGCAGUGUUUGAUCACCCUACAUGUUGACUAAAAUUUCUUGUAAUCCUAAAAAGUAUGUAUUUUCUUUCUUUUGGGCAUUUGAGGAAUGGUAAGAAUAUCAUAAGCAGUUUAUCCACGUUUCAUGGGUGGGUAGAUAAAGAUGUAAGCAAAAUGGGUCUUGUGCUCAUUCAUCAUACGUUGUAUUGGUUCCUCUCCAUCUUAAGGUUGCCACCUCACAAUCCAGACCCUGGGCACAUUCCUUUAAAUUGCCAGAUGCAGUUGGAGAAAAGGCCGCUUUGUGGCGUCUGUCCAUUCCAUUUGUGGUGGUCUUGUCCAUCCCUCUUGUUCACAUGUGUGGCAAGGAUUCCAAAGAAGAUUCCAAAUAUCAAGCACAGUGAGUGGCAGAACAGGCCACAAUAGAACCAGGCAGUGAAAGGGUGGCAGGAACUAUGGCUGCUUUCUCUCCUGCUGUAUCAGGAGGUUAAAAGGGAAUAGGCACUGCACUAGGAAAUGGCAGUCCUGCUCAACCUCUUUCACUAGCCCCUUCUUGCCUUAUUUUAGAGAACAAAGCCGGCAAUCCAAAGAGUGACCUCAGGCACAGCUGAGAGCUUUCACACUCCCAUUGGACUUUUUGACUUAGAAUAGCAGCCUCUCCUCUCCAAUGUGUGCUCACAAACUGCUUUUUAAACUGCCCUGAGUUUCAAAAGUGGUUUUUCAUGUAGUGUGGGAAGCUGCUCUUCUGGAAUUGUGGAACAAGGAGGUAGGUCUAAAACUUUAUUCCUGCUGAUUUGUACAGAGGUGAGAAGCCUCUGAUCCUUCCUGUAAAUGUGGUGAGAGCAGUAGUGGCCAGUGAGAUUUGCUGGGUGAAAUGGCCAGUGGCCACUGUGAGUGGGUACCUUUGGGGUGCCUGGUGGUGUACGGACGGGUGCUGCAUGCUAACACACAGCUGCUGACUGGAUAGAAAGGAUGGCAGCAGCUUGUGUCUGUUUGGUCAGCAGCCAUGAAUUUGCAUGCCGCUGAGCAUGGCACCUCUUGCUUUCCCCACCACCUUCCAACGUUGAAAGGUAAGAAUUUGCAUGUUAACCCCCACGCCACCUCAAAUCACCACACAGUGGCCACUGGCAGUUUCACCUAAUGAACUGUCUUGGUUGCUACCACUGAGAAAAUAACAUAAUUCUGGAUACAGAUUUUCUCUGGCUGAAAAUAAUGGUUUUUUCACACUGAAAAGUGUAUGAGAAUUGUGGUAUGGGGUGUGUUGGGUAACUUGAUGCUUUCAGUGCUGCGUGUGAUAUGCAGCCCAAUCCUAUGCAUUUUUACUCAUAGUUUAGUCCUCCUUUGUUCAAUGGGGCUUACUCCCAGAAAAGCACUCACAGGGUUGUGUAGUACACUUCUUAAGCACUUGAAACAGUUUUGUUUUGUAGUAACUUGCCAUUUGCAACCAGGCAAUUUUUAAAUUUCCAUGUCCAAAAGCUCAUCAAAACCUUUGAGUGAAUGAAGUCUUGAAGGUUCAGGCUCUCUUCACACAGAACAGCCACCAGGUGGAGGCUUAUUGAAACUGUGGUGCGAUUGAGCUGCUGCUACCAUGCCAUUUGCUUGCACCUAGUACUACAAAGCAUUUGUAGGGCUUUGCAAAGGCAUGGAGAUAGCUAUAUCAUGGCUUCCAGAUCUGCAAGGUGAGCCAUUUGCAGAGGGAUGUGAAACAGGCCUCCGAAAACCAGCUUGUUCAAGAGCCAUUCCAAAGUGCUGAUAACGCCCUACAGAAGUCUCCAAGCGUGACCCUUAUCCUCUUGUGUUUUUCUUUAAACUCUUAGGUAUUGCUGAUUUGUACACAAAAAUUAUUGAAGCUAAAAGUCUGUGUUCUGAAAACCGUCUCUUCAACUUUAAAAUAAAUCUAUUAUUGGCAA